GUAUUUCGUAUUUUUCUAAAUAGUUUGAUCCAGAGUGUGUGUCCCGUAUCUCAUUGAGAAUUGUAUCGUUGUAUCGUAAAUUCAUUUGAAAAUGUCGAAUAUUAAUAGAAAUCUAUUUGAACGAUUUAUUAUUUCGAUUUUUAUUCUCGGAUGUAUUCUCGAACGUUUUCGAUUGAUAGACGGUGCAAUGACUCUGGAACAAAUGCAAAAAACGGCUACGGGAAUUCGUAAUAGUUGCAUAACAAAGACCGGUGUUAAAGCAGAACUCGUGGAUGGACUGAAGACUGGACAAUAUCCGGAGGAUCACGAUUUACAGUGCUACACGCAGUGCGUUAUGAAAACAAUUCGCACGUUUAAAAAUCAAAAAGUGGAUGUUGAUAUGGUGAUCAAACAAGUCGAAAUGAUGAUGCCAGUCGACAUGCAGGAUGCAAUGAAAGCUUCCGCAAAAAAGUGCGGAGCAUUGGAACCUGCCGAUGACGUAUGCGUGACGGCCUUCAACUAUGUCAAGUGUAAUUACAAUGAAAAUCCUGAUAUUUUCUUCUUUCCUUAAGUCGAAUUUUUGAAAUAAGAAAAAAUAUAAAAAAAAAAAAAUAAACCAUCCUAAAGGAAUAUCAUCCGGUGGAUCGUAGAAUGGAAGGAAGACAAUGUUUCGAUCAAUCAUGCGAACAUUCGUUCAUUUCAGUAUCGACGUUUGAUUUAUAUUUAAACAAAUCAUUAUUAUAAUACGAGAGAAUCUUGUUUGCUUGUUURUUUGUAAGAAAAAUAAUAAAACGUAUUAUAAAAUUA